AUGUUAGGAUCACCGCAACUAUUAUUUUAUGUUGCUUGCUUUGUUUUGACUGAGACCAAGGUAGCAAAUAUUAAUCGACAUGAAGCAAGAAAAUUUCCAGAUGGAAUGCUUUUCGGUGCGGCCACGGCUUCGUAUCAGGUCGAAGGAGCCUGGAAUAAAGAUGGCAAAUCGGAAAAUAUAUGGGAUACCUUGACCCACCGGGAGCCUUGCGUAAUCGCUGAAUGUCAUAAUGGUGACGUGGCUGACAAUUCUUAUCACUUAUAUAAGAGGGACGUGGAGAUGAUGAGGGAACUCGGUCUUGAUUUUUAUAGAUUUUCAUUAUCCUGGUCAAGAAUUUUACCAACUAGUUUCCCAGAUAAGAUCAAUGAAAAAGGAGUAGAGUACUAUAAUAACCUAAUCGAUGAAAUGCUUAAAUACAACAUUCAGCCAAUGGUAACGCUGUAUCACUGGGAUUUGCCACAAAAAUUGCAAGAUAUGGGAGGUUGGACUAAUCCUCAUAUAGUGGAUUGGUUCACUGACUACAGUAGAGUUGUUUUCGAACUAUUUGGAGACAGAGUUAAAUAUUGGUUUACAAUAAAUGAGCCACGAGAACUUUGUUAUCAGGGAUAUGGUUCGGCAUCUUUGGCACCUUUGUUUAAAAUUUCUGGAUACGCAGAUUAUAUUUGCUCCAAAAACUUAUUAGUAGCUCAUGCAAAGGUUUAUCAUAUGUAUAAUAAUGAAUUCAGACCUGCCCAGGGUGGAACCAUUGGUAUCGUUCUGAGUAUGGCAUUUUAUGAACCAGAAAGCGAAGAGCAUGCUGAAGCUGCAGAAGAUCUUAUACAAUUUGAGUGGGGAGUUUACGCUAACCCUAUAUUUUCGAAAACUGGAGAUUUUCCGCAAGUAAUGAAAGAAAAGGUAGCCGCUAAAAGUAAGGCUCAAGGAUUUCCACGAUCGAGGCUGCCCGAAUUCACUCCUGAGGAAAUAGAAUUAGUGAAGGGAAGCUCUGAUUUCCUCGCAAUCAAUCACUAUACUUCAAGAUUGGUUUAUAGAAAUGAAUCUGUUUAUGGAUAUCAUUCAUCUCCU